AUGCCCAGCCUGUGGUUUCAGGGCAGUCCUAUCCUGUCCCUGCUUCUGGAACAGCCAGGAUGUCCCCCAGGAACCCCACCUUCAUCCUGGUACAAGCACCCAACUGGCUGUCUCUCCCACCUAACCAUUUUCUCCUCUUCUGUUCCUGCCUCCAUCAUCAAGGGAGAACCCAAGAGUCCUGCCAACCUCUUCACCCCCCAUGACUGCCAAGCCCCUGCUCUGCCACCUCCUCUGAAACUGCCAGUUACCCCUCUCUGCCACCCCAGUGGGUUCUACCCAUGUGUCCCACUGCCCCUUCAUCUCACCCAAAACCUAGGAGAGAGAUGA